GCGCCCGAGGUCAUCUCGGGGCGCGGCCACGGCAAGGCCGUUGACUGGUGGAGCGUGGGCAUCCUGCUGUUUGAGAUGCUCAACGGCAUGCCGCCCUUCCGCGCCAAGGGCCGCCAGCAGCUGCAGAAGCUGAUCACCACCGCCAAGUUCAAGCUGCCCUCCUACCUGAGCAGCGAGGUGCAGAGCCUGGUGAAGGGCCUGCUGCAGAAGGAUGCCAGCAAGCGGCUGGGGUACGGCCCUAGCGGGUCGGCAGACGUCAUGGGGCACCCCUUCUUCAAGUCUGUGGACUGGAGGAAGCUGGAGGGGAGGCAGAUCGUCUCCCCCUUCAAGCCAUCCAUCAAAUCCAUCGAGUCUGUAGAAAACUUCGACCGAAUUUGGACAGACCUCCCGCCGCAC